AUGGCCUUCAAGAACUCCACUCCUGAAGCACUCACUGCAGUGCAUGAGCACCUCAUGCGUAUCGAGAGCGCAUACUACUACACCCCUGGUGAUGGUAUGGCACAGGUGCAUGCAGUAAAGGGUACUGUUUCACCGCGACCUGCUAAUAACAUGCAGCCAGUGUGUAUUGUUUCCGGUAACGGAAAUCGUCCUCUCGCGGAGGCAGUGGCCUUAUUGCUAGGAAUUCCUACACAUCAGACUUUCGUAACACAACGUGCAAGUGGUGAAGUGAAUGUGCGUAUUUGUGAGAGUGUUCUUGGUGCUGAUGUUUAUAUUAUUCAAAGUACAACAGGAAAUGAAUUGAUUGAUGUUAAUACUUCUCUUAUGGAACUUCUUCUACUAAUUCGAAAGAUGCGCUUGAGUAAUGCCAGACGAAUUACAGCAGUAAUUCCAUCCUUUGCUUACUCGCGUAAAGAUUGCAAAUCGAGUGCACGUAGCACCAUAUCUGCCUCUGCUGUUGCAGAAAUGCUAACACAAGUGGGUGUCGAUCGUGUCACUACGCUUGAUCUACACUCUGGACAGAUUCAAGGGUUUUUUGGAAACACACCACUCGACAAUCUGCAGAUGUCUCAGGAGUUCGCACAGUACCUGGUCGACCGCCCGUGGUUCGAUCCUGAUAAUAUGGUAAUCGUUUCUGUUGGCGCCGGCAACGUGGAUCGCGCCCGCAAGUUGGCUGACACACUGCACAUAGGACGCAUCGUAACUAUUGUGAAGCGACGUAGUACAGCAGGAGUGGAGACAUUGCAAACUGUGGGUGAGGUAACGGGACAUAUUUGUGUUAUUGUUGACAGUAUAUGUGACACGGGUGAGAUACUCGUAAAGGCAUGUGAGUUACUUAAAUUACUAGGCGCAACAAAAAUUACUGCCUGCUGUACACAUGGUAUUUUAACACCACCGUGCUCAGACCGAAUCAACGCAUGCGAUGCGCUAAGUGAGCUUGUCGUAUCAGACUCUAUCCCGCAGGAGGAGCACGAGCGGCUUGUUCCCAAACUGAAGGUGCUCACAAUUGCCCCACUUCUCGCCACUGUAGUGGACAAGCACACACGCGACGAAAGCAUCAGCCCGCUUUUCGAUGUAUCACUACCAGUCAUGAGAAAGACAGCAGCUACCACACCCACGGCGUGUAAAUCUGAAUGA